AGAACAUGCAAGUAAUUCGCCCCAAAGCAUGACGAGUGUUGGAACCAUGACGUUCAUACAUUGAGAAAAUACACAUAUUUCAGUUGUUGCCCAACAUCCUUUCUUAUGCACACUAUUUGGUCCUGAUUUGUAGACUCACAGAUGGGCGGUGUUUCAUCUGGAGCUGCUCUUUACAACCGCAAUAGACAGUCUAUGAAAUAGAUGUAAAUACACGGACCAUGAGAGUACAGUGAUCGGGACUAGCUGCCAAAGUAACGCCCGCAAGCUACAACAGAGGUGUGUUAGGCCUUAUUACGGGCUGUGCUGGGUCAGAAGUGAUCAUUUAUCCUCAAUGGAGCAAGUGGAGACUCAUUCUGCCAGAGAAAGGCAGCUGGCCUGUGUGUAAUGGCCAGUCCAUUGAUGGUAGAAUGAAGCCCUUCAUUUUGCCUUCACAUUUCUAAGGAGACGUGUGUCAAGAGCAGAUGUAAGAUGAGGCUUGUUUAAACCACUCAAACAGUGUUCAGAUCUGUAAGACUAUGAUGUGUGAGUCCUCCCUGGUGCGAUGCCUGCAGCUGCUUGUGUCCUUACUGAUGGUGGUCAGACUGCAGGGCAAGGUAACGGCCCCUGAGCGCAUGGAGGCCCCAGUGGAGCUCCCCUUCACUCUGUCCUGCAUGGUGUCUAAGGGGCGUGGGGACAUCCUGAAACAGGUGCGCUGGCUGGAUGUCCAGAACAAGACUCUGUUGACCUACGAGCCCAGCCAGAAGGACAGCGUGAGCGGCCAGCAGCAUGUAGAGCUGGCACCCUCCCCCAAGGACACCUCAGCCAUCACCAUCCGCAGGGUGGGCUUCAGAGACGAGGGUUGCUACACCUGCAUCUUUGACCUUUACCCCUCAGGAUCGCAGGAGGGACGCACCUGCCUCACCGUCACAUCCCGUGUGACUGCGGAGGGUAACAAGACAGCGGUGAGUGGUAAGGCGGCAGUCCUGUCUUGCUCCUAUGGCCUGCCAGAGAAGGUACAGCAGGUGCUGUGGAGACACACAGCAGAGCAGGGGGACUCCAGCGGAGUAGCCUCCUAUGCCAAGCGCAGCGACCCCAUGAUCGAGCCGCCCUACCAGGAGAGGGCCUGGCUGACCCCCUCCCUCUCCCACAGCCAGCUGUCCAUCAGACCAGUCAGCAUCCAGGAUGAGGGCUGCUACACCUGCGAGUACCACACCUACCCAGAGCGAACCAAGAGUGCUACCGUCUGCCUCACUGUCUUUGUACUGCCUAAACCCCAGGUGAGCUACAAGAACACAUCUCCAGGGGUGAUCGAGGCCAACUGUACAGCCGUGUCACGGCCCCCGGUGGAGAUAGUGUGGAACGCGGAGAGGGACAACCGCACUAUGGGUCCCCCUGUGACAUCACAGCUCCAGCAGGGGGAUGGGACCACCCUGGUCAUCAGCACCCUCACUGUCCAAUCAGGGCUGCUGAAGGACGUGUCCGUCAAAUGCCUGGUCCACCAUAAGGGUCUGGAGUCACCCAUCGCUGUGUCUAUGAACACCAAGAUUGGGACAGCUCUGACCAUCUUAAUCUCUGUGACCACUGUAGCUGCUCUGCUGGUCAUAUGUCUCUGCUUCUGCCUCUGGAAGUGUUUCCUGCGCAAAGAAGAUGACGGAGUCUGAAAGGAGGAAGUGAAAUUCAACCAAUCAGAGACUGUUCCUCAACAUUCUGCUGCACCUUCAGAAGUGAAGCAAGGCCCACCUCAAGAAGAGGACACACAAUACAAUCCAUCAUGACCAACAUCACAGGGUCACUGAGAAUCUGAAUCCAUCCACUCAAAACACCAAUUGUUUAGUCACAAUGGCUUGUACUCACCAGUUUCAAGAGUUUCAUAGUAGGAGUGCUGAUAUAUGAUCAGAUUUCCCUUUCAGAUCAUAAUAAACAUGGACAGUCACAUACCUGACCCUAGGUCAGCACUCCUACUCUGAGACUCUUUGAAUACGGCCCAGAAUAAUCACAACACAUCCUAACAGAUCUGAACCUAACCUUGUCCUCUGAACCCCAAUCAGCAUCGAUAUAUAUCAUGAGGUGUGAUGCUAAUUAUUUGAUUCUUGUAACUGCCUUGGAUUCUUUGUGCUAUUGUAAAGUAUGUUCCCGAGAUGAAAGGGACUAUGUCUGUGGGAAAACCAUGAAAACUCUGAAUGAGAAGUGAAAAUACCUUAGUCUACCAGGGUAUUACAGUAUUCAGUAGCCCUCACAUCUUGUGAUACACUGAAUGCAGAAGAGAUGAGUAGUUAUUGUAUGGGAAUUUACAAACUUUAAAGUGAACCCCCCAGAAUGCACUCUAUUUUCAUUCUAUUCUCAGUGUUUCAUGGGACAGCCUGCUUUGCCAAGUUAUUUGCCAAUUAAGUGUACAUAAUGUGUAUGCAACUGACAGUAUUUAGCUAAGCGUGAUUUCUUUCUGGAACCUCCUACAGAUGUAGGAUUUUAAUUUGAUCACCAUGUGGAGGGAGAAUUUUCCUGCAGGACAAUUUUCCUGCAAUGUAGUGUAGUUGAGGCGUAAAAAGGCUUCUAAAGUUUGUAAUUUCCACUUUGAAAUUUCAGACUUGAUUUUCCCUUAUGAAAAAUUGGUAACACUUUAUUUGAAACCCAGUGUCAUAACAAGUUAGAACGCCAUCAUAACCAUGUCAUAAUAUGUCAUAACAACUGACAUAACUUGUCAAAGCCUGUCAUAAUAUUGUCAUAACACUGUCAUGACCCAUAUAUUUACACAUGUUGUGACAUACAGUAUAUUGCGUUAUUUUGUGGGUGGUUAUGACAUCUACACAAAUUUGUUUUUUCUUUCGUUUAAAAGUUUGUUUCUUAAAUACUUUGUGGAUGUUGUAAUGAAUUCUUUACAAGUAUCAUAUUUCAAAUAACUUCACCACCCUGUGUCACUUUACUUGGACUAAGAAAAUACACUUUAUGACACUGUUAAGAAGCAUUAUGACCAUCAUAAAGCCAGAUAGGCCUAUCAGGUACCUGCCCUAAUGUCAGUCAUCAGUCAAAAAGAGGGUGUCUUGUCCUGCUCCUGAAAUCUGCUCCUGCAUUCAUCCCAGUCAUCAGAAACUGAGCAUUGGGGUAGGUGCAUGUCUGACACCAAUAACAAUAUUCAUAUAACAUGGUCAAUAAAUACAAAAAUCUAUAACAUAAACAUAGUGUUGACAUGAAGUGUUUGCCCUCGUGUGGUAGGUUUUGUGGGGUUUGACACUCUUAUGUAGGUGUCAUAACCAGCCAUAUAAUAAUGCAAUAUAUGUCACAACAGGUCUACAUAUAUGUAUCGUGACAGUGAUAUGACCAUAUUAUAACAGGUUUAUGACAAGUUAUUUCAACUGUUGUGAAAUAUUAGGACAUGAUUAUGACCGUGUCAAGUGCUACUGAAAAAUAGAUCAUCUCCUACAAAAAUGUUAUAUCCUACCUAAUAAUUCACAUGUUCUGUUGCUGCAGGGUUAUUUUCCUGCUGUAUCAAACUGGCUCAAUUUAAAAUCCUACAUCUGUUGCAUGCUGGCAAUGAUAAAGCUAUCUGUAAGGGUUCAACCGCAGGUCUCAGACAUAGACCACUUACUCAAAACUCUAGCAGAGUUGGCGAGAGAGUGGUAGAAUAUAUGCUCAGAUAAAAAUAUUUUAUAAAAUUAUACCAUUAAUGCCAUUUUUAUCAUGGGGAGAGGGUGAAUAACUGUAGUUAUGAGUUGUUUGUGAGUGUGUGUGUUUUCAGAUUCCAUGGUCAGAUGGUUUAAUGUGAUUCCCAGUAGAAGACGUGUAUGAACAUGUGCAAUGGCUUUCCUUUUUAAUCAUUGCCACCAAGGAGUGGCCAGGCCAUCAGUAUUAUCAGGUCUCUGCAGAUUUAAGCUUCAUGAAAUGCUGAACCGAUUUACUUAAUCUGUAUAGGCAUCAGAUAGCAGUCAAGGUUAAUUGCCUUUUUAGGAGAAAACUGUCAUGGUUUGCUACCAUAAUGCAUCUUCUGUGGUACUUCUCUAAUUGCGUCAUCAUACACAAGUUUUUUCCCCAGUAUGUACAUUGACUGCUGUGUUAUGUGAUGUAACCAUUGAAUAUGUGUGUGGGGGGCUCUUACCAGAUAACAUGUGUUUCAUAAUGUGCCUUCUCCCAGAGUCACUUCACAUGCUGAAAAAGCAACUAACCACAUCAAAGGUCAACACAGCCCCCGUAUGAAGGAAGAUGCUGUCACUUGAAAAUGUACUGUGUGAUGAAUACGUGAUGAAAUGUAAGAUAAAAACAUUUAGAAAAA